CUUUUCCCUCCUUUUUGUUACCUAAAAUGCCACAUAAGUGCUGCCCUUUGUUCUCGCUUUGUCCUGAUGCGAGAAGGGCUCAUUCUCCCUCAUAUAUAACCCGUUCGCUCACCAUUGCCUUUCCUUUCGUACCAUUCCCAUCCCUUCUCUGCAAUCCUCGCCCAUCAAGUUCCUGCUGCAGAUAGAUGUCCGCCAAUCAAAAGCCCCUGACUUUAGAGCCGACGGCCGAGACCUGGUAUGCGGUACGGCCUACCCCCCAGUCCACCGAAGUUACCGCUCCCCCGAAGGAAGAAGUAUGGGGUGUUCUUCACCCAAUCAGCUCCUACUUGAAGCCCAUCCAACUCUCCGGAGCCGUCACUACCAUUGGCAGGAGCUCUGACAACGAUGUCGAAAUUUCCGGCGGCAAGAUUAGCGCGAAGCAUUGCACGAUCAAAUGGAACGGUCACAGCGACAAGUCCUCUUACGUUGUGGUGACUGAUCAUUCGAGGAACGGUACCUGGAUCAACGAGGACAUGAUAACGAAGGACCAGUUCCUGCUUUUGAAGGAAAGCAAUGAAAUCACGUUUGGGCGGCAUCCAAACUUGGACGAAGAUCCGCUCUACAAUCACCGAUAUAUAUAUCGUCAUAUUGCCACCCCUCCGACUCCGGGUACCCUCUAUGCCUUGUACGACGUCGGGUAUGAACUUGGCAGGGGAAGUUUCGGUGUCGUUAUGAGCGGUGUCGCCCGCGCCACUGGGGUAUGGCACGCGAUCAAGAUGAUCCGCCCCCCGAAGGAGCUUAUAGAGGCAUACCCCCACGACGAGGAAGCAAGGAACAAAGUAACCAAGUUCCUACGAGAAGUUCAAAUACUCGAACAGCUUGACCAUAAGAACAUCUGCAAGCUCGAGGAAGCGUUCUUUCAGGGCUGGGACAUCGCAUUGGUACUUGAGUACGUGAACGGAGGAGAUCUGUUUGAUUAUAUGCAGACUUAUGGCGUCCUCGAUGAGGCCACAACAGGCCGUAUUGUCUAUCAGAUAGUCGACGCCCUGUGUUACAUACAUGCUAAAGACAUUGCCCAUCGGGAUCUCAAGCCGGAGAAUAUCCUUCUCACUUCGGAGGAUCCCCCCGUCGUCAAAGUCGCCGACUUUGGCCUCGCCAAGGUUGUAGAGGGCUCAACGUUUCUCAAGACGAAGUGUGGUACGGCUGCAUACGUUGCCCCGGAGAUCCUGACACGGACGGAAGAAGAGGGAUAUGACUACGUCGUCGACUCUUGGAGUGUCGGCGUCAUUGCACAUCACAUGUUGACAGGAAUGGCACCUUUCAUCGAAGACUCGUCGAUUGAAGACUUGACAACGCGUAUCAUAUCGCGUACAAUCUACUGGGAAACGCUUGAAGACAUGGAUCUUAGCAGGAAUGUUAAGAAUUUUGUCCGAGCCUUGCUUCGGGAAGAUCCUACCUUUCGCAUGUCUAUUUCCGACGCGCUUCAUCAUCCGUGGCUCGCAGCCUUCAAACCCACAUCGGGACAGGAAACAGUCAAAGUCAUGGCGGACCAGGGUGUCACUCAUGCUGCGGCUUCGGAGCUGGGUGUCGCUCAUGCUACGGUUUCGGAGCUGGGUUUUGCUCAUGCCACGGUCUCGGAGGUGGGUGUCACUCAUGCUACGGCUUCGGACCUACAGCACGAGCAGAGCGUGGAGGCGCUCUUGACGACUCGAGGUUCGGAUGAUGAGUAGGCUGAAACUGUUCGUAACACGACGGAUGCUCCAUGCCUCGAGACUUAAGGAGCUGACGAGUAGACUGAAUCUAUAAGGCGGGGCUUCCAUUCGUAGUAUGCGUACGUAGAUACGCCAAAGUCACUGAUAAUGCAAGUAUUGUUUCCAACAUUCAGAAAAUCGGUCGGGAUAGGAUAUGGAAUACUACAUCAGGUUCGGGUAUUUUCGGGCUUGUUACGUAGGUACAGCCCGUAUUUAGCUCGGGAAUCUUCGGGUAAAUACGUAGGUACAGCCUACAUAGAUCUAGCUCGGGUGUUUUCGGAUAU